GGUUAGGGGGACAAGAACAAAGAUUGUAUAUAAAUAGUGAUCCUUCAGUUAAUGGUUGGAUUGGAGGGAGGCAGCCAAAUCUCAAGGGAAGGGAAAAGAAAAAGAACAAAACUAACAAAAAAAGAUAAUCAACAUGGGAAGGUCUCCUUGCUGUGAUGAGAGUGGCCUCAAGAAAGGUCCAUGGACUCCUGAAGAAGAUCAAAAACUUGUUAAACAUAUUCAAACUCAUGGCCAUGGCAGCUGGAGAGCUCUCCCUAAACUUGCUGGUCUUAACAGAUGUGGGAAGAGUUGCAGGCUAAGAUGGACAAACUAUUUAAGGCCAGAUAUCAAGAGAGGAAAAUUCUCCCAAGAUGAAGAACAAACAAUUCUCAAUCUUCAUUCUGUACUUGGCAACAAAUGGUCUGCAAUUGCUAGCCAUCUACCAGGACGGACAGACAAUGAAAUCAAGAAUUUCUGGAAUACCCAUCUCAAGAAAAAGCUUAUUCAGAUGGGUUUCGAUCCGAUGACUCACCGGCCUCGAACCGAUAUCUUUUCAAGCUUGCCUCAUCUUAUAGCUUUGGCUAACCUAAAGGAGCUCAUAGAUCACCGCUCAUUGGAAGAACAUGCUGUUAGAUUACAAGCAGAAGUUGCCCAAAUGGCUAAACUCCAACACUUACAAUAUCUACUCCAACCUCAAACUCACAUUCAGCCUCCAGCUGCUUCUGUUGCAACUAUUUCAGACAAUAACACCAUAGUUUAUUCUGCUUUCAGUGACAUGGAGACUUUCGGUCUUUUGAAUUCACUUGCUUCAAUCAAAGAUAUCCCAGUUCCAAGUUCAACAGGCCAGUUGGACUUAUCCACAGUUACCUCUCUUCCAGGACUGGUCAAUUCUGAUUCUAUCACUUUCUCUCAUCUGCCUGACUUGCAAAUCCCUUGCAGUAGCAGAACACCAUUAUUAAACAAAAAUAAGAAAGACAGUGAUUCUACAGUAGUUCAAUCUCCUCCUGAUCAGUUUACAGUGUUUGGCAGCUCACCUACUUCUCCAUGGAUUCCUUCAACAUCUUCGACUCCAUCUCCUCCUUCAAAUAUUGCUCCUGUUGAAAUGCACACUUGUUCUAGUUCAAGCUAUGGUGAUGAAAAUGAAGAAGCUCCUAUAGUCUGGCAAGAUCUUCUUCUUGAUGACCCUUUGUUUCAUCAGAUUGCUUAGACCCCUUCUUGUUAGAUUAUCUGUGAAAAAGGUUCGGAGUUCACUUCACUAUGUAAUAUUUUAGAACAUCUACACUGUCCAUCACUAUAUGCCAUAUAUGUACACAUUAACACACUGCAUUUAUGAGAGUGGAUAACAUCGUAUGCUUCUUAA